UGUGUGUAUAUAAGGCCGCUCUUUCUCUCUACUACCAUUCAGUCUCAUUCAUACCCUCAAACUCAGAGCAAGCAAGUGGUUCCUUAAUACAAAUCAUUAGUCAAAAAUGGAGCAGACUUUCAUCAUGAUCAAGCCUGAUGGUGUUCAGAGGGGCCUGAUUGGUGAGAUUAUCAGCAGGUUUGAGAAGAAGGGUUUCUCUUUGAAAGGCUUGAAGUUCAUCACUGUGGAUCGUCCUUUUGCUGAGAAGCACUAUGCAGACUUGUCUGCAAAGCCCUUUUUCAGUGGAUUGGUUGAUUAUAUUGUUUCUGGUCCUGUUGUUGCUAUGAUCUGGGAGGGUAAGAAUGUUGUGUCAACUGGCCGAAAGAUUAUUGGAGCCACAAACCCUGCAGAGUCUGCCCCUGGAACCAUCCGUGGUGAUUUUGCUGUUGAGAUUGGCAGGAAUAUCAUUCAUGGAAGUGACGCAGUUGAGAGUGCAAGGAAAGAGAUUGCACUGUGGUUCCCUGAAGGCCCUGUUCACUGGCAGAGCAGUGUUAGCCACUGGAUCUAUGAGUAGAAAUUUGGCUGCCUCCAGAUGCUGCCAAUGUUCCUCCAUUUUCCAAUCUGCUUUGGUUAACUUUAUUAGUUUUGGUUUCUGUUCAAGUCUGGUGUUGCCUAGUAUGGCUGAGACAUAAAGCUUGUUCUAGUGCUUCUGAUUUGAGUGUACUAUCAACCUAUUUAAAUGCAGUUUGAUAUGAAGUUUGAUUAAGUA